CACCUCACCGCCCCUCACUUGGGCCGCGAGUGAGAGUGGAUGACAGUGCAGCCAUCAUCACCGCCCUGUUUGCUGUAUAAGAAAGAGAGAGGCCAGCAGCAAUCACAGUCAAACAGCACCAUAAGAUUCUUACAUCUUGAUAGCUACCAGCCCACAUCGCAGCCAUGACGACAAGAUACAGGGUCGAAUAUGCCCUCAAGACCCACCGGAGGGACCAGUUCAUCGAAUGGAUCAAGGGCCUCCUUGCCGUGCCCUUUGUGCUGUACUCGCAACCGGCCGGCGUCUUUGACCGCAGCCAUGGCCCGGGUGUCAGCAACAUGUCGGAGGAGGCACACCGGCGCUACGCCGAGAUCAUGCGCGACGUCGAGGCCAUGAUCGACGAGCACAUCGCGCACCAGCACGACGACCACCCGCUUCCGUCCAAGCUCAAGUUGCUAGUGCCAACAGUUGGGCCCUUCUUCACACGCCUACCUCUCGAGGCGGCCUUCAAGUUCCAGGACCGCAAGCGCUUCAUCUCGUCGCGCCGCUUCGUGUCGCCGUCCUUCAACGACGUGCGCCUGGUGCUCAACUCGGCGCAGAUCAUGGCGGUGACCACGUACGGGGUCCUGAAGCUGGCCACGUUUGACGGCGACGUGACACUCUACGACGACGGGCAGUCGCUCGAGCCCGACAGCCCCGUGGUGCCGCGCAUGCUGGACCUUUUGCGCAAGGACGUGCGCGUCGCCAUCGUCACGGCGGCCGGCUACACCACGGCGGACCGCUACCACGCCCGCCUGCACGGCCUGCUGGACGCCAUGGCGGCCGACCCGACCCUGUCGCCCGCGCAGCGCUCCAACCUGGUGGUCAUGGGCGGCGAGGCCAACUACCUGUUCGAGUUCGACGCCGCGGCGCCGCACCUGCUCAGCCCCGUGCCGCGACGCCGCUGGCUGACGCCCGAGAUGGCGGCCUGGGACGACCGCGACAUAUGCGCGCUGCUCGACGUGGCCGAGUCGGCCCUGCGCGACUGCGUCGACACCCUGGCGCUGCCCGCCACCGUCAUGCGCAAGGACCGCGCCGUGGGCAUCAUCCCGCUGGCGCCCGCGGCGGCGGCGACAGGCAGCAGCAGCGGCAGCAGCAGCAGCAGCAGCACCUACAUCCCACCGCUGGCGCGCGAGAGCCUCGAGGAGACGGUGCUGGUGGUGCAAAAGAGCGUGGAGCUAUCGGCGGCGGGCCGGGCAGGGCGCGUGCCGUUUUGCGCCUUCAACGGCGGGCGCGACGUCUUUGUCGACAUUGGCGACAAGUCAUGGGGCGUGGCCGUGGUGCAGCGCUGGUUCGGCGGCGGGCGCGAGGCCUCGGCGGCGACUGAGGCGGCCCUCGCGGCGGGCCGGGAGCCCCCGACGGCCAUGACAGCGGUGACGCCGAUCCGCGGCGACGCCACGCUGCACGUGGGCGACCAGUUCCUCAGCGCCGGCGCCAACGACUUUCGUGCACGCGUCGUCGGCACCACUGCCUGGAUAGCGAACCCGGCCGAGACGGUCGGGCUGCUGGACGAGCUGGCCGACCUGAUGGGGAAGAAGCUUUCCUAG